AAACCCUGCCGACAUGAUUCAUCGGAACGAAGACCAGCCUGCUACAACAUCACUCGGUGGGCAACUCGGCAGCUCGAAGCAUCACCUACCUCGUCGUCGAUUCUCUGUCCCUCGCAAAGCCGUUGAAGCCCGUUCAAGGGGCUCCUCCUACUGCGCGGACCCACAUCGAUCAUCUGCGGCUGGUGGAGAUCCGCUAUAAUUGGACACAGAGCAUUCCGGCAUCUGAUUGAAUGAAGCCACAUCACCUCAUGCCAUUCAAAGUGACGGUCAACUUUACAGUACCCAGUGCGCAUCCGCCAGAGAAAGGAAACCCUUGCAGGGGGUCGCGGUGGUUUGGUUGCCAGCCAGCAGUCCAAGGUGAAAUUCAGGCUUUGCGACCUGGUCUUGCUGUCGCUGAACCAACUCUUUCUCCCCCUUUUCUCGCGGGCACCGACCAUUUCGCAAAGUUUCUGCACUGCGCUGCAGAACUUCUGCCACAUGGAACAAUAGCGAAGGCUUAAACGGCUAUCAUGGCAUCAAGCAGGUUCGGGACCUCGUCCCUCCACCAGCGCGACCCGCGCAGCGCCCUGUUCGAGGGUUACGGCGGCAACUCGUCCAACAGCCGCCAGGCCAGCGCAAGCCCGAAUCGAGCCGGCGGAUACGGGUAUGGAUAUCCCGGCGGCAGCGGGGCCCCGGCUGGCGGGAGCAACCACCUCGGAGUCCAGGGCUCCUCAUAUCGGCCCGCAACCCCCAAUAGGAAGGGCCAAUACAGCGAUGCGGUGCUCAACGAGCUCGAGAGCCAGAACGACGAGCAAGUGUCAGGGAUUCUAGGCAAGGUUAGGGUGUUGAAAGACAUGACGGUUGCGAUUGGCGACGAGAUCCGCGAGUCCUCGGCCCUCGCCGAGAAGAUGAACGAUAGCUUCGACACAACCAGGCUACGGCUGCGCGGCACCAUGAACCGCAUGCUCCUCAUGGCGGAGAGGACCGGCGUCGGCUGGAAGGUCUGGUUGCUCUUCUUUGCCGCCGUUGCCUUCCUCUUCAUCUACGUCUGGCUAUUCUAAAGAAGGCACGGAUGUCACGCGAGAGCCACCAUCACACAAAACGAUAUAUCCUGGGAGUUCAUGGGAGUUUAAUCGCGAGUUUUUCGAUCAUGGCACACCAAGGCGUGUUCACAUUUCGGGAUGACGUCCAUUGGUUGACUUUGGAAAUAGGGUAAAUGAUCACGUUUGGGGAUUGUUGAUGGCAGACCAACGAGCCUUGCUUAACAUAUUUACCGGUUUUAUUCAUGUUUUUUUUUGGUCUCUGCGAGGCCUUGCCUUUAUCCCUGUAAUAAGCUGUCUAUAGGUUUUCUUUAUGCCCAUGACUCCGUGUACAAGGGGCCGCAAAACGGAAGAUGUGUAUCUCUCUCGUAUAGCUAAGUUUCGUUGUCGUUUCAGUGCCUCAUAAUCUCGUCAGUGUCUCC